AUGCAUGCUUCAACGCUGGAAAUCGUGGCCAACGUCUACAUGUCGGUCCACGGCGUCCUUAGCCUGAUCGUGUGUGCCUUCGGGAUCCCCAUGAACGUGCUCAAUAUCACCAUCCUGACCCGGAAGCACAUGCACACUCCUGUGAACUGUAUUCUCACCUGGUUGGCCGUGUUUGACCUUCUGACGAUGAUCUCCUAUGUGCCUUUUUCAUUGCAUUUCUAUUGUUUAACUUGGAAUUUGUCGGCGGAGAGGAACUCUUUAGGUUGGAUGACGUUUCUGAUCUUUCACGUGGACUUCACCUUGACUACACACACCAUUAGCAUUUGGUUGGGCGUCACUCUUGCUGUGUUCAGGUACAAACACAUAUUCUCACCUGCCAAAGGUCACCUGACCAGGGUGCGGCGGCUGAUCCGGGCCAGGAUUGCUGUGUUUAGUGUGGUGGUGCUGUCGGUGCUGCUUAUGAUCCCCAACUACCUCAUGAACCAGCUGCAGCCCUACCUGUACUUCAAUCCAGAAACGAAUCAAACGGAAGUGAUAUAUGUGAACGAACCUUUAAACCUAGAAACCACAGGAGUCAAACCGCUGGCACAAGUAAACCUGCUGCUCCACAGUGCUCUGGCAAAAUUCCUUCCGUGUAUCCUCAUGGUUGUCUACAGUGGGCUACUAUUGAAGACACUCAGAACCAACAUCCGUUUACUGACUCGGCGCCCGUCUCGGAAAACAUCGCAAGCAGAUCUUCACUCGUGUGCUAGCGAUCCUUCUCUUCCUCCACAGCAAAGCGAUCCGAUGAGCAGUUCAGUUAAUCAAACGAUGGAUUCGGCAACUGAUCUAAAUACAAACCUCGAGGAACUGACGACUAGGAAAGGAAACGAAAAUCUGUGUGUGAAAUGCAGUAGCCAAAUCCAAGGGAAUACCAGUGCCAGUUCUUCUCUAUUGCUAGUUCCUAAACAAACAGCCGCAGUAGUAAAGUCUCCAAAACACCGCAACUCUGCAACAUCUCAAAUAGUCAAGGCUGUAAAGAUCCAGCCGACUCGACAUCAGGAUAACUCACGAACAACACGUAUGCUUCUCGUAGUUAUAACUUUAUUCUUGGUCACAGAGCUUCCCCAGGCGAUCCUCAUCGUCCUUUCCGCCACAAUCCCCGGUUUCUUCCUCUCCGUCUACGUUCCAUUGGGUGAUAUGAUGGACAUGGUUGCGCUGGUCAACAAUGGAAUCAAUUUCCUCUUGUACUGCAUCAUGUCACGGGAUUUUAGAACGACCCUUUUGGACAUGCUGAAGUCGGUCAUCAAUACGGCUCGAGAUAUCCCUGGCAGGUUAAGAACGAAGCUGCAGAGAUCAGCUGUUACCGGCACACAACGAACACAACAGACCCAUACAAUUUUGAUAGUCACAACACUGAAAGAUGGACAUAUAUAA